CCGGCACCGCGAACGACGGGCGGCGGAUCCCGCGCCCCCCCCCGGCGCUCCCGCCCCGGCGGCAUGAGGGGACAGCGCGGCCGGACCGAGCGAGCGGUUUGAGUUACUCUCACCAACUGCAGCAAUGGUGCAGAAGUACCAGUCCCCCGUACGGGUGUAUAAACACCCUUUUGAGUUAAUUAUGGCUGCAUAUGAGAGAAGGUUUCCUACGUGUCCUCUGAUCCCUAUGUUUGUAGCCAGUGACACUGUAAAUGAGUACAAGAGUGAGGAUGAAGCCAUCCAUGUGAUUGAGCGGCGCUGUAAGCUGGACAUCGAUGCGCCGCGGCUCCUGAAAAAGAUUGCAGGAGUGGAUUAUGUCUACUUUGUCCAGAAGAACUCUUUGAACAGACGAGAGAGGACUUUGCAUAUAGAAGCCUACAAUGAAACCUUCUCUAACAGAGUCAUCAUUAACGAGCACUGCUCUUACACAGUCCAUCCUGACAAUGAAGACUGGACCUGUUUUGAACAGUCAGCAAGUCUGGAUAUCAAAUCUUUUUUUGGUUUUGAAAGCACAGUGGAAAAGAUUGCCAUGAAGCAAUACACCAGCAAUAUUAAAAAGGGAAAAGAAAUAAUAGAAUACUACCUGAAGCAGCUGGAGGAAGAAGGAAUAACUUUUGUUCCUCGCUGGACUCCUCCUGUCACAUGUAAAUCAGAGAGCAGCACAUCCCACACAAGGAGACCAGUUUCACCUGCUAUUAAUAUACCAGAGUCUGCCACAAAGGAGGGCUUGAACAACAAGGAGAUCCUCAACACCUCCAGCAGCCCCUCGGAGCCCACUGCAGGAACACCAGAUGACAAACUAGAUGCAGACUACAUCAAGAGGUACCUGGGGGACCUGACCCCGAUGCAGGAGAGCUGCCUCAUCCGGCUGAGGCAGUGGCUGCAGGAGACGCACAAAGGCAAAAUCCCAAAGGAUGAGCACAUUUUAAGAUUCCUGCGUGCCCGGGACUUCAACAUUGAUAAAGCAAGAGAGAUCCUUUGCCAGUCGCUGACGUGGCGUAAGCAGCACCAGGUGGACUAUAUUCUGGACACCUGGAACCCUCCACAAGUACUCCAGGAUUACUAUGCAGGAGGCUGGCAUCACCAUGACAAAGACGGUCGCCCGCUGUACGUGCUGAGGUUGGGACAGAUGGACACCAAAGGUUUAGUGAGAGCUCUGGGGGAAGAGGCCCUGCUUCGAUACGUUCUUUCAAUAAAUGAAGAAGGACUGAGGCGAUGUGAGGAGAAUACAAAAGUAUUUGGCAGGCCAAUAAGCUCCUGGACCUGUCUAGUAGAUCUGGAAGGCUUGAACAUGAGGCAUUUAUGGAGACCUGGUGUCAAGGCCUUGCUGAGAAUCAUUGAGGUGGUUGAAGCCAAUUAUCCUGAGACUUUGGGUCGUCUUCUUAUCCUAAGAGCACCUCGAGUAUUCCCAGUUCUUUGGACACUGGUUAGUCCAUUCAUUGAUGACAACACUAGAAAGAAAUUCCUUAUUUAUGCUGGAAAUGACUACCAGGGUCCUGGGGGACUGUUGGAUUACAUCGAUAAAGAAAUUAUCCCUGAUUUCCUUGGUGGAGAGUGCAUGUGUGAAGUACCAGAGGGUGGGCUGGUUCCCAAGUCCCUCUACCGGACAGCAGAAGAGUUGGAAAAUGAAGACAUAAAGCUUUGGACUGAAACAAUCUACCAGUCUGCAAGUGUCUUCAAAGGAGCUCCACAUGAGGUUCUCAUUCAGAUCGUGGAUGCCUCAUCUGUGAUCACGUGGGACUUUGACGUGUGCAAGGGCGACAUCGUUUUUAACAUCUUCCAUUCCAAGAGGGCCCCACAGCCCCCCAAGAAGGACUCUCUGGGAGCCCACAGCAUUACAUCUCCUGGUGGGAACAACGUCCAGUUGAUAGACAAAGUCUGGCAGUUGGGACGUGACUACAGCAUGGUGGAGUCUCCCCUGAUCUGCAAGGAAGGGGAGAGUGUGCAGGGCUCCCACGUGACCAGGUGGCCUGGUUUCUAUAUUCUGCAGUGGAAGUUCCACAACAUGCCUGCCUGUGCUACAACCAACCUGCCUCGUGUGGAUGAUGUAUUGGCAUCUCUACAGGUGUCCUCUCACAAAUGUAAAGUGAUGUACUAUACAGAAGUGAUAGGAUCUGAAGAUUUCAGGGGAUCUAUGACCAGCCUUGAAUCAAGCCACAGUGGAUUCUCCCAGCUCAGUGCUGCCACCACCUCCUCUAGCCAGUCCCAUUCCAGCUCCAUGAUUUCCAGGUAGUGCCACAACAGCUGAAAAGCAAAUGGAUGUGAUGGCUGGACCCUCGCCCGUGGCAGCUGACUGCAAUACAGCAUAUUCAACUGGCAAUUGUGCAAAAAAAAAACCCCACCCCACAAAAACCUUUUAUAGAUAGUAAAGUAGCUGUUUGAAUUUUACACUUAGUGGUUUUGGUCUUUGUUAGAUCCAGCAGCUUGUCUCUUUAACCCUUUUUCCUAACUCAGCCAUAAAUAUUUUUGCAAGUGUGCUUGCACAGAUCCUAACUCUGAACACAAGGGCUCUUAUUGAAAAGGAAAAACAACCAGUGCAUCAGUUAAGAAUAUUUUUUUUUAACUGUGUAGAUGUUUAAAAGAAAAAAAAAAAAAAAAAGAGAAAAACCCUACCAAAAAUGCUCUGUAGUGCAUUAGAGAUCAACUGCAAUUCUCCUGUCAGGACAUUCCUUGCCAUCCUGAGAAAUCCCCCGUGACCUUCCAGUGCUGCAAACUGUUCUCCCAUUGCCACUCUUGAUGUCCGAGACAAAGAACAGCAGUUGCUGGAUACUUGACUUUGUGAGUCCAUUUUUUUCAAAGCAUGCCCACAGAGCUGUGGCCAGGCUGUAAACACUAAAUAUACCUUUUGUAUGAGCACAUUUUUUGGGGAAAUCUGAGCUCUGGGUCUUGAUGGGUUAAAGCAAUUCAUUCUUUUCCUUGGAUUUGUGCUUGAAGCACUGCAGAGAGAGAGGCAGAGAGCAGGCUCUCCCUCACUGUGCCACGCUGGGCUGAUCCAGAGCUGCUCUGAGGAUUUGUUCCCAGCUCUGUGCUGGAUGGAGCUUCACUCUGCUUCCUUAGUGCAUUCCAAGUGAGUUGAUUUUACUGAGAUUCUGUUCUCACCAGGAAUUUAUGCAGAGCUUUAGCUGGCUGCCUGAAUCAGUCUGAAGGAGGUAUGGCUUAACAUCCUUCCUGUUCACUUCUCACUCCCUCGGGCCUCCUGUCCUUCCCUGUCAGAAACAGAGCACUUCACUUCUGAGCAGCACAAGCUUUAGUGUGGGCAGGGAGCACAGGGCACUUCCCUCUGGGGGACACAGGAGAAGAUGCUCUAAGCAUUUUCUGGAUUGUUCUCACUAUUGCCACUGCCACUGUGGGUUUUGUCCCUGUCUGCCCAGGCCCAGGUUGAACUCUUGUUAAAAGUCCAUUCAGGUGUUCUUGCACCUUGAGCCCUCUCUCCACGUACAGUGAAAGGCUCCAAAGGCUGAAGUGCUGAGCAAAGGGCUGUCAGACAACUACAAACCACGCCUGGCAGUGGAGCAGAGAAGAUUUAGGUCUGAAAUGCUGCAGGAUUUGCACCGUUAGACCCUGCUUGGUCUUUCCUCACCCUCUUAGAGCUAAAUUGUCCAUCCAGGCACAAGGAGCUUCUGUGCUGCAGCCCCUGCUAGGAAGGCUCUGUCCUGGGGAGCAGCACUGAUGGGGGUAGGUGGUAGAGAGGAGCUUGCACUUAAAAAGCAGAACUCACUCGAGGCUCUGGACCCCCUGCCUGAGGAAAGCUGGUUCUGAACUCAGAAUAAAGUUUUUUUAUGCCUGCAGAGCUCCUGAGAGGCAGGUUACUGACCUCCUGCAGACCAGUUCUGGCUGUGAGAUGUGGCAGAGCUGAAAGUAUUUUAGCAGCAGAUUUAGAGGUGCUGAGCGACCAGUCUCCUUAAACUGAACCAAACUGGUUUAUUUUGGAGGGUUUUAAGGACUUAUAAAUUGAAGAUGGAGGUUAGACUGUUACUUAGGCUACCAAAGUGGGCAGUUGUGUGAGACAGGCCACUGCUUUGGUGUGAAGCAGCUCCCACCCAGUGUCUGCACAGCAGCCAUUCCACUGCCACUUACCAGGCUGUAAGGGCUGAAGGUGGUCCCCUUUCUCUCUCUCUCUGUCUCUGUCUCUCUCUCUCUCUCUCUCUCAGAUGGCGAUUUUGCUGACAACUGUAAAGAAUCUGCUUCAUUCAACACUCCACAUCUGUCCAGAGGUGUCUGGCUUUGUAGACCUUUUUGAGUUGCAGUCCCUUUUCAAGUCUGAAGAUCUGUGUUUUGGUUUUCACUUGAGCUGGCUCAAAAGUGGCACUUUGGGUUUUUCCUGCUGUUGAUCUUAACACAUCUUUUAGAGCUCAAAGCACAUGACAGCACAAACAGCUGGGAAGAUAAAAUAAUAGUUAAUCUUCCUCUAAGCAAAGUGCUGUGGCAAUAUGACUUGAUCACUGCAGUCUGACUAAUUAAUUUCCCCUACACUGGUCUUUCUUUAUGUGAUAUUACUGCUCUUCUUCCUUCUCUCAACCAGUAACUCUUCUGUUGGCACUUCUCAUGUUAUCAGUGUCCUUCUGCACUUCACUGUCUCUCCUCAUGAACUGCAUAUCAAAUUCUGUAAAUGUUUUGUAUACAUAAUACCUCAUUCUUGGUAAUAAAAUACAGAUAGUCUUUAAAAGAUUUUUUUAUCGUUAUCAAUAAAUGUGAACUGUUUGGAAAAAA